UUUUUUUGUUUGUUGUUUGUUUCAAGCGUACAUUACGCGACAUCUCCGCCGUGGCGUGAUGACGUUCUUCCGGCCGAGCAUCAGACGGUGAAUGGAGGAAUAACAGCGGGCAAAAUAUACAGCCGUGUGUGGAGCGAUGGCCACACCGUUUGUUCCUGUACCGGUGCCCAUCGAGUGCGCCCCGCGGCCGGACAGUAAGAGUCCCGUCACCAGCGCCAGGCUCCACGGAACUGAGCGCUCUGUGGAAUAUUCCAGCUGCCCGCUUCCAGAGACCCCGAUACAGAGCUGGGAGGAGCGGCCCAUCACACCCACUGUGCUGGGGUACGAGGUGAUGGAGGAGAGGGCCAAGUUCACAGUCUAUAAGGUUCUGGUGAAGAAGACUGUGGACGAGAGCUGGGUCGUGUUCAGACGCUAUACUGACUUCUCAAGACUCAACGAUAAGCUGAAGGACAUGUUUCCGGGGUUCAGACUGUCUCUUCCUCCGAAGCGCUGGUUCAAAGACAACUAUGAGACGGAGUUCUUGGAGGACAGACAGCUGGGUCUGCAGGCCUUCCUCCAGAACCUCGUGGCCCAUAAAGACAUCUCCAACUGUGUGGCGGUGCGAGAGUUCCUGUGUCUGGACGAUCCUCCUGGGCCCUUUGACAGUCUGGAGGAGAGCCGGGCGUUCUGUGAGACUCUAGAGGAGUGUAACUACAGGCUUCAGAAGGAACUUCUUGAUAAACAGCGAGAGAUAAACAGCUUAAAGAAAACACUGGAAGAGAAAGAGCGGCACAUUCAGACGCUGGAAGGACGAAUCAACGGGGACGUUCUCACUCCAGACAGUCCGUGUUGUGUGUCCGGAGCGGGCAGCGACUGUAGUCUGGACGUGGAGUCUUCUGCUGUGGAGGCCGAUCAGGAGCUGUCUGAUGAAACACAGGCUGUGCUCCGCUCGUCUCAGGGCUCUGUGUGUUGGUGUGGUCCGUCCGUCAGCGCCGCGUCUCCUCCCGUCGUUCAGGUCACUGCUCUGGACCACUGAGCGUCUCUCUGGGGUUAUUCUGGUUCCCGUCUGCAGCCGUG